GCUAACAGAUCUGGAGGUGACGAGGAUCGCAGGAUGCUGCAAGCUGGAUUAUUAUAUCUGGCCCUCACAGAGCCAGACAGAAGGCGAUCACUUUGUACUGACAUUGUUCUUACUUCUAGAGACAAUCUAAAUUACGUACUAUCCGAGCUUACUCGUUUAGUUGCUGAAACAUGGCCAAAAAUGUCUCAAAACAUACGCUCAAAUCUUGUUUCCUUACUUGCAGACUUGAUUGCAACCAAAGGAGCCAGUGUUGAAGUUUUAAUGCUUCACAUCUACAGAAGGAUGUCCAAAUGGUUAGAGAGUACAGAUCGUCAAUCUUUUCUCCUUCCGCUCACUGUGUACACACUUUUGAGACUUAUACCUGAUCAUAAUGUUUCUGUUCCCGCUCCUAACGGAAGCACGUCAAGCCAAGUGACUGCUUCAACUGCUUCACUCCACUCAUCGCUCAUUGCCUUAAGGCAACGUGAAUCUAAUUUGGCUAUCGACUUUAUACGCAGAUAUUUUGACAGAUGCUCUCAGCUUGGACGUGAAUUGAUUCGUCUUUUGCAUGCAUUAUGUCGGAUUGAACCCUUCGCGCAACUAUGGCAGGACCUCUUCAAGGAUAUUUCUACGCUUUCAAAUCAUUUUAAAAGUGUUUCUGAACUCCUUGACAUAAUGACUCCACAAUGCUUCACACAAACAUUAAUUCCUCAUGAAAUGGAACAAUGGAUCCGUUGGAUGAUGAGAAAUGUUCAUUGUGUUCCUGGCUUUCCCGUUCGUCGUUACCAAGAGUUCUUUCAGGUACUUAAUUAA